AUGGGAAUGCUUUUAGCGCCGCGAGCGGACAUGAUUCUCAGCAGCGAUCCCGCGGAGCGCGGCGCCAAGCUCCAAUUCGCAGCGCCUGAUUACAGACCCCCAGCAGGCCGGUCGCGCCGUAGAAGCUUCAACGAGCCUUCGUUCGAGUCGUGGCGCAUCAGCCGACCAAUUUCAGACUCUUCCGCCUGUCCCGCCGAGCCUGCCGCGUCCGACCCCUCCCCUCAUGCCCCAUCCGCGUUGUCCUCUCCCGCUGCUUCUGGGUCGUCGUCGCCUGUCGCCGUUCCUCCCGCGAGCAGCAGAAGUCAUCCUAGUCCCGCCGCCGCGUUCCCCACGUCUCUCUCGUCUCCUGCCGGCUCUCCUCAAUUUACCUCCUUCCUCUCGUCACGCUCCACGCCCCCGUUUCUACUCGACCAACCUAAUGCGCUCAGCGUUCCGCGGCGCCCUUCGAGAAGCAUUGACAUCACCGUGACCGACGGCGCGUCGCGGUCGUCGUACGAGAGCUUCGGCUCGACCGCCGCUGACCCUCUGUCCCCCGCAUUCGCCACGAGUUCCUCCCCUCCGUGCCCCUCCUCCCCCUCCUAUCACUGCGUUUUCCCCUCGCCGCCUCCCAGCCCGCCAUCCGAGCGCCAUGAUCUUAGCCCUUUUCUUUUCGGGAGUCCUAAAAAAGCAACAAUUAGCCCAUCCCUCGAGCCGUACCAGGCUAGUAGCCCCUUCCAAAGCGCCCCGCAGAGUCCUCAUGGACGGGGGAUAAGAUCUGUCGGGAGCUCGCCACGUGGCAGUUCCGCGUUGACUGCGAAGAGUGAGCGGCUCGGCGGAAGCUGUCGCUGGACCGGCGGGCCGUCCAAUCCCCCCAUCCUUUCUUCCGCCUCCCCGGCGGGCGUUCCUUCCGCCUCCGCGCGCAGUCGGCGCUCGACGCGCCACCUCCCACCGCUCGCGCAGGACCCCGCUUCCGCCGCGUCGUCGUUCGCCGUCGUCACCGCCACAGCGGCAUUGGCGGAAGCGCGGCGGCUGAAGCGCGCAUCGUCGUCGUCGUCAGGACUCGAGGGGAAGGGCUGGUUCUCUUUUCACCAUCCCGCCGCCACCCCCUCCCCGCCCCAAGCAGCCCCGUCCCAACGGCUAAGCAGCACCCAUCCCCGCUUUCACCGCCGGCACGGCUCCGCAUCGUCAUCCUCUGGCUCGGGAUUCCGCGCCGUGUCGCACUUCCCCGUCGAUCGCGGGAGCGACGUGAUGCUGGUCGGGCAUGGCGAGGACCCAUUAGUAGCCUCAGAAGAAUCGGAGCGCCGGGGCGAGAGCGAAACGCGUUACGGGAGCGUGCUGAACGAACCCCGCGGCAGCGGCAGCGGCGGCGGCGGCGGCUUCCGUUGCGCGAAGAGCGGCGGCGAGGCGCGGAAGAACCGGUUCCUGGGCGGUCCGCGCAAGUCGCGCACGUUCGACGUGCUUCCGCAGGGCGCGGGGGAGGAGCCGACGGUCCUGGGGACCCGCGGAAUUGACAAGAGGGUAAUAUGUGGAGCGGGAGCGUGCGACGCUGCGGGUGCGGCGGCGGAUCGGAAUGGGCGGCAGGCGCGCGGAACAGGGGUGCUGCUGCGGCGGGGUAGCGCGGGGCUGGGGGUGUGGGUGGAAUCGGCAGAUCAUCACUCUCAGCAGCAGCAGCAGCAGCAGCAGCAGCAGGUGUAUGGGAGCGGGCAUGACGCAGCGGCGGAAGGGGGGGGCGAGCGGGGGAGGCGGCUACUCAAGGUGGCGAGCAGCCGCCACCUGGACCCCUCGCCGUCGCUCGCGUCGCCCGCGCUCCUCACGCCGCGCGAGCGCCGGCAGCUGCUCAAAAGCGGCAGCGGCAGGUGGGGCGGGCAGGGCGGCAGCGGCAGUACCACUCGCGGUGGCAGCGGCAGCGGCAGUGGCAUCGGCAGGAAGGGGGAGGGGGAGGAAGCGGACGACGAGCGCAGCAGAGAGAUUCCGCUGCUCUCCUCCCCUGAACCCCUCCGCGCGUGCGUUCCCGCGUCAGCACACUCCCCUAGGGCCUUCCGCCGUCCACCCCCCAGCUCUCCCCCCAGAGCGCUUAGGCAAGCCCUCGAGCUCUCCCCCUCACCGCCGGUCGCCCUGGCCGCGCACAGGCACGCGCUCGAGCUUCCCCCGUCGCCUCCCCCCGCCCCCGCGCAGCACAGGCACGCCCUCAAGCUCUCCCUCGCGUUCCUCGACGCGCUGGACAGCCCCUCCGCUGCUGAUGUGGCGCUGGGCGGCGGCAGCAGCAGCAGCAGCAGCAGGAAGGGGCACGCCGCGACUGCUCACGUGCAGUGCCAUGGUGACGCUGACAGUGACGUGGGUGGUGCGAGGACUGGUCAGGUGGCCGGUCAGGUGGUUUUUCAGGUGGGUGGGCGGCUGAGUGGUCGCGUGAGCGGCAGCAUGACGGAUAUGUACGCGCACAUGGAGAGAGUGGGUGUGGCGCCGGAGAGGGAGGUGAGAGGAGAGCAGGCGACGCAGGAGCCAAGGCUGCAGCAGUGGGAGCAACAGCAGCAACGGCAGCAACGGCAGCAACAGCAGCAGCGCUCAUUGGUGGGAGAUUCGACCACCUUCUUGCGACACGCAUCACACGCACAGGAGUUUGAUGCCACGUCAGCGCACCGACGAAGGUCCAUGGGAGGGGCUGCGGACGUGGAGAACGCGAGCAGGAGAGGUGGCGUGUAUCAGGAGCGGGGCGGUGACUAUAAUGAGAGUCAGGAUGCCUGGGAGCAGAGGGCGAUGCAUGCGAGCACGGGGUGGAGCAGGGGCGGGCAGCAGUGGCGCGAUUGGCGGGAGCUGAUCAGGAGCAGCAGCAGCACCAGUGGCAGCAUCGGCAUCGGUGAGGGCAGCGGUGGUGGCGGUGGGAGCAAAGGUGGCGGGGGAAGCAGGGGCGGUGGCGGUAAGGGUGAGAAGGUGAGGGAGGUGGAGGCCCUGCUGACGUCAUGCCACCUGCUGCGCCACUCACUCGCCUCCUCCUCCUCCUCCUCCGCCUCCACCCUCACCGCCUUCCGCACUGCGCUCGCACAUGCUCACGCUCACGCUGAUGCUCACGCGGAUGCUACGUUUGCUGGUUAUGGCGCCAGCCAUAGGCGGUACCACGUGGUGAGGGGGCGCAUAGGCGAGGGCAUGUUCGGCCGCAUCUACACGUGUGUGGAGCGCUGCUCGCGCCGUGCGUACGCGUGCAAGUCCAUUGCCAAGAAGAAGCUGCAGUGUGUGGAGGAUGCAGCGGAUGUGCGGCAGGAGGUGGUGAUGCUGCACAUGCUCAAGGGCCACCCGCACAUCAUUGGACUCAAGGAGGUUCUUGAGGAUCCCAAGUCCAUCCAUCUCAUCAUGGACCUCUGUUCGGGCGGCGAUCUCUUCGACGCAGUGAAGGCCCGAAAGCACCUGCCUGAGCCGCUAGCAGCACGGCUGCUGCAGCAGCUGGUGGGAGCGCUGCUUCACUGCCACUCCACCGGCAUCGUGCACCGUGAUGUGAAGCCCGAGAACAUCCUCCUUGUUUCCUCUUCCUCCGCUGCCGCUCGUGGCACGGGCAGCAUGGGGAGCAGCGGCACAGGUGCAGGAAUUGGAAAGGGGAGCGGUGGUCAGUUGUGUGAUGGGGCCGUUGGCGAUUUGUUGGGAGGAGGAGCAGCGGUGGGAAGUGGUGCAGGGUCGUUUCUUAGUGGUGGGGAGUGCAAUCUGCACAUCAAGCUCAUUGACUUUGGGGUGGCUGCCUUCCUUGACCAUGACGGCAUGUGCGGGCACACGGCGGGCACGACAGAGUACAUGGCUCCAGAGGUUCUCUCAGGCGGGCGCUACUCCCCUCAGGUGGACGUGUGGAGCGCAGGGGUCGUGCUCUUCGUCAUGCUCUCAGGCGUGCUCCCCUUCUGGCCGUCCCGCCGUGAGGGGCGCUCCACAGAAGAUGCCGUGCUGCGCCAGCCGCUGCGGUUCGGCCACUUCCGGUGGGCGGCGGUGUCCGGGGAGGCAAGGGACCUGGUGGCGAGGAUGCUGACGAGGGACCCCGAGAAGAGGAUCUCUGCUGCGCAUGUGCUCAGUGAGUGGUGGAGUUGGUGA